GGUAAAUUCAUUUGGCAGUCUAAUUUCAGCUCUCAUCUCCAGAUGGAAAGUGGAACGUCGUCGUCGUCCGCCGCGGCUUUGGUGGUUUCCCCGUUGACGGAUGAGGAGCUGACGCUGACGGUGAAGUGGAACGGGAAAGAGUACACCGUCAGGGUCUGUGGCCAGGACACUGUCGGGGAACUCAAGCUUCGAAUUUGCGAGGUCACAAAUGUGCUCCCAAAACGCCAGAAGCUUCUCUACCCUAAAUUGGCCUCCAAGCUCGCCGACGAUUCUCUUUUUCUCUCUCAGAUUCCACUUAGAACCUCUCUCAAGAUGACCAUGAUUGGUACAGUUGAAGAUGAUAUAAUUGUGGACCCAGUGGAAUCCCCAGAAAUCAUUGAUGAUCUGGAGCUCGAGCAAGCUGAAUUCAUUGACAUUAAGGAUAAUGAAAUCUACCAACAGAAAUUGAGAAGACGUAUUGAACUGUACAAGAUUAAAAUCCGAAAUCCCUGUCGUAAAGGGAAAAAGCUGCUUGUUUUGGAUAUUGAUUAUACCCUCUUUGACCACCGCUCUCCAGCUGAACAUCCUCGGGAACUAAUGCGUCCUUAUCUUCAUGAGUUCCUUUCAGCCGUCUAUGCUGAGUAUGAUAUCAUGAUAUGGUCUGCAACCAGCAUGAGGUGGGUUGAAACGAAGAUGAAAGAGCUUGGAGUGUUGACUAAUCCUAACUACAAAAUAACUGCUCUUCUGGACCAUUCAGCCAUGAUCAGUGUCCAUUCAGAUACUCAUGGAGUCAUCAAUUGUAAACCGCUUGGCAUGAUUUGGGCUCAUUUCCCAGAGUACUACAGUGCGAAGAACACCAUAAUGUUUGAUGAUUUGCGGAGGAAUUUCGUUAUGAACCCUCAGAAUGGCUUGACCAUAAAACCCUUCAGAAAAGCCCAUUUAAACCGAGAAACUGAUGAAGAACUUGUGAAGCUGACUCAGUAUCUGCUCACAAUAGCGGAGCUCCAGGAUCUUAGCUCCCUUGAUCACAAGAAGUGGGAAUCGUUUGGCAAUGCCAAGAGGCGUAGAGAAGAUUAAAUUCUCAAAUGUGAUUGAAAAUUCCCAGUGUGCUUUUAUUUUUUUGUAUUGGACGAAGGCUAAUAGUGACGACUGCUUCCUAUGCGAUCUGCUCGCACAGCCUGACAUUCAAGUUGAAGAUAAAUUAUGCUGGUAGCAGCCUAUGAGCUUUUGGCACUAUAUGUUUUUUUUUUUUUAUUUAAAAAAAAGAAUGGGGUUAUUUUUUCCAAUAUAUGUGAGAUGUGAAAUGAUUUUGGCAUUUA